AUGGCCCAUCUACCCAGUAUCCGGCCCUCUCCUGCUCCCUGGAGCAGCCCCACUGGCCUAUCUAACCUGGUAUUCCACCCCCUCCCUGCCCCCGGAUCAGUCCCAGAGGCCCAUCUGCCCUGGUAUCCUGCCUCAAACAGCGACCAACGGCUGAGGACCAUCACGGAAGGCCCACCAUGCACUGGGACCAAUCUUCACAUUGUGUUUUUCGGUCUGGCGCCCCCAAAUAGCUGCAGGUGGAGGCAGGGGAGUGGGACGCCCCCCCAAGGACUCCCCACCUCCCAAUCGCCCCGGAGAAGGAAAUCCAACGACAGAACUGGACCCACAGGCCAUCAAGCCCAGAUCACUCCAAGGUGCCCGGCCUGGCCACCUGCUCCCUCUCCACAGCUCCGAUUUACGGGGUUGGGAAGCAGCCCGGAGACCCCAGCCACCAUGAGGGGGCAGCGCAGGCUGGCGGGGGAGCCCCUGGAGAUCCAGGUGGUGAGGGUGAAGGAGGAAGAGGAGGAGGAAGGAAGUGGGUGCCCCGAGUACGUCUUGGAGCCGCUGUGCCAGGAGGGGACCAGUGGCCUUGUCACCCGCUGCCACGCCCACCUGGGGCCACGCCCGGUCCUUGCCCAGCCCUCCCUGCCGGCAUCGGCCCCACAGCCCCGCACUGGGCGGGACACCGCCCCCCCGGCUAAGCCCUAUGCCUGCUCUUUCUGCCCCAAGCACUUCAAGCGCUCCUCGGACCGGCGGGACCACGAGCGGGUGCACACAGGCGAGCGCCCCUACCGCUGCCGGGUGUGCGGCAAGCGUUUCACCCAGUCCUCAGUGCUGACCGGCCACAUGCGCAUCCACACGGGCGAGCGCCCCUUCCGCUGCCCCGUCUGCGCCAAGAGCUUCAACAACGCCUCCAACUUCAAGAAGCACCAGCGCAUCCACGCCCAGCCCCUGGGCAGCGAAAUCGGCUGCCCCCCCGUCCCCCUGAGCCAGCGGGACACUGGUGGGGGUGCCAAGGACCUGGCGCGAGACAGCGGUGGUGACGCCAAGGGGCUGGCACUAACGUGGGUGCCCCUGGGGUCCUCUGCCAAAGGCCCCAGGCCUGACUUCCUGGCUAACGGUGUGUGCCCGGCGGCGGUGGGGCUGGCGGAAAGCCGGUGCCCCGGGGCAUGGCGGUGUCUGGCAGUGGAGCGAGACGCAGAGCAGGGCUCCCCUGUCCCUGGCACGGGUGCCCGGCUGUCCCCCGGUGACUCGGGCUGCGGGGAAGCUGGCGACGGAGGAAGAGCGGCUGAGGAAGAGGAGGGUGGUUGUGCUCACUGCUUCUUGCUGGAAAAGCUGGACCGGGCGCCCCAAUUGUGCCCAAGCCCUGAUGCCCACGAGCUGGGUGUGCCAGUCCAUGCCCCUCCCUGGGGCCUUAGCCCUGCUGUUCCUGGACAGGGCAAGCCGGUCCAUGCCACUCCCUGGUGCCCGAGCCCCAAUGCCCAUUCCUCACGUGGCAGGCCGCCCGCCCCCCUGCCCGAUGCCCGGCAAUACAUCUGCUUCGUGUGCUCCAAGCGUUUCAAGCGGGCCACGGACCUGAAGGAGCACCUGCGGGUGCACACGGGCGAGCGCCCCUUCGCCUGCGGGGUCUGCAGCAAGCGCUUCACCCAGUCCUCGGCCCUGUCCACCCACCAGCGCAUCCACACGGGCGAGCGCCCCUUCCGCUGCCCCGUCUGCCCCAAGAGCUUCAACAACGCCUCCAACUUCGCCAAGCACCGGCGGGUGCACUCGGGGGAGCGCCCCCACCGCUGCGCCAUGUGCGGAAAGAGCUUCCAGGAGCGCCGGUGGGUGGUCCGGCACCUCCGGGCCGUGCACCCGCCGCUGGGGUGAGCGCGGAGUCGUUGGCAUGUGGAGCAGUCGGGGAGGCCGUGGCAUGGCCAGGCGGUGUGGCACUGGGCUGAGAGUGAAAAUGCCCCAGCCAAAUCCUCUGCUAGCAGAGAUCUCCCCCGCACGUACGUCCUGCCGUGAGAUGCUCUGGAGCGCGGUUGGGGGAAGUGUUCACCCACCCAGUUUUCACCACAUUGUUUUUCACCUUUGUGGGAUGAAUUUUUUUCCAACCCAAAACCUCAAAAAUAACCAGAACGUCUCCCACCCGCUAUAAAACAUUGUGGGGCCAUUUCUGCUCCACAAGGUGGAAAAUAACCCGCAAAACAAAUCAGUUUCCCCCCAAUUCUCCAGAGAUUACAAGUUUGGUUGAUAAAGGUCAUAGUUUUGAUAUAAUAUUUUGACUUGGUACCGCACGACAUUUUGAUUAAGAAACUAGAAUGGUGCCCAAUAAACGUGGCCCACAAUAAAUGGCUUAAAAACUGGCUAACUGAUAGAGCUCAAAAGGUAACGGUUAUUGGGGACGCAUCAUCGAGCGGGUGCGUUUCCAGCGGGGUCCCUCGGGGACCCGUUCUCGGCCCGACGCUAUUUACCGGUUUUAUCAACGGCCUGGGAGAAAACAUAAAAUCAUCGCCCAGCAAGUUUGCGGGUGAACUAAAAAUGGCAGGAGUACCGAAGAGGCCACGUCACUGAUCCAGGUCACUGAUCUGGAUCGCUUGGUAAACUGGGCUCGAGCAAAUAAGCUGCGUUUAAAUACGGCUAAAUGCCAAUGUAUCCAGCUAGGAACAGAGAUGUCGGCCAUGCGUGCGGGCUGGGGGACCCUCUCCUGGGGAGCAGCGACUCUGACAAGGAUGCGGGGGGGGGCGUGGUGGAUAAUCAGCAGAACGGGAGCUCACGGUGCCCAUGCUGUGGCCAAAAGACCUAAUGCGAUCAUGGGAUGCAAAAACGGGGGAAUCUCGAGUAUCAACAGAAAAUUAUCUAAAGCAGAUUUCUUCCUCUCCCAGCCAAGCCUCUUCAAUGUGAUAAUUCACUGCAUCUUGGAAGAAAAGAAAUACUCUUCAGUGUUCAAUAUGGUCUUCACAUCCUGGAACCUCGCUCUUGCAAAAUCUUUGCUUUUCCACUGGGCUCACUGGUUGUGCCGUAGGGGGUAUUAUGCAGCUCCUUCGAGACAACACACAAAUUCAGCCUGAUCUUCAUUUCCAUAGAUAUCGGAAGAACCAAUACUGACCAACUGUUCAAAUUUCCAGCCAUGGUGGAGACCGUUUGGGUGAGCUCCUCCUCCUGACACUGCAGCACCCUGUACACGUGUUUGACUGGCACCUGUGAGUCAUUUAAAGCUUGGCUUUUCACUUUUUGGGGGGUGGAAGAAAACCACAGCAGUGCACAGUUGGUGAGUAUUUUUCACCGGCACGGCAAACAUUUCCCACGCGCGUGGCACGUUUUUUUGUGAUUUCCCCCCCCACACACACACCUUUUUCUCCGGGAGGUUUUUGUAGAUUCCAAGGCCAGAACUGACGUCUGUGAUCAGCGAAUCUGACCCCCGCGUAGAGCCCCAGGCCAGAGACCUGCCCCGAAAGACUCCCCAGAGCAGCUGUUAGAAAACCAGCCAAUCUGGAUUUAACAAUUGUCGGUGAUGGAGAAUCCGCCAUGACGCUGGGGGAAUUGUUCUGAGGGUUAAUUACACUCACCAUUGAAAAUGUACUCCUUAUUUUCCGGUUGGAAUUUGUCUAGCGUUAGCUUCCAACCAUUGGACGGUGUUAGACCUUCCUCUGCUAGACUGAAGAGCCAGUUAGUAUAUAUUUGUUCCCCAAGGAGGUACUGAUCGCCAGGGAACAAGUCACCCCUCUUCUCUCUGUGAAGCUAACAAGAUCGAGCUCCUGGAGUCUCUCCCUCUCAGGCGGGUUUUCUCACCCUUUAGCCGUUCUCCGGGCUCUGCUCUGACCCCUCUCCGAUUCAUCACCAUCCUUCCUGAAUGGUGGCACCAGAACUGGACACAGGAUCUCAGCAGUGGUCGCCCGCAGGGCCAGAUCCAGGGAUAAAACUCUGCGCCUACUUGAAACUGUGACCCUCAGAACUGGCUCACGUGUAAAGUGAGGCCGAUGGGCAAGAACAGCUGAAAUACCUUGGCGCCGCUGGGCUGAAAUAAGGGGCGCGUUUUUCACAGGGUGGGGGGAAUUCAGAACUGGAGCAGCUAAUCAGAGGAGAGGGUGGCAUCUCCACCAGCAGGAGGCGCUAAAUCAAGCUUGGCGCUAGCUCGACGAUCAGAUAUGGGCUGGCUGCAGGGAGCUUGGAGUGGCAAUUCUCUGGCCUGGGAGGACCCACGUGGCCCCUACAUCUAGGCUGGGAGUUUCUGAAGGCACCAGCUCCAGCUCCCUUGGGGAGACGCCGGGCAUAGCAGAACUCAGCAUCGCGUUUGUCGCCCACGUCACCAGCUGUUCGUGCCACCAUGAAGUCCCUCUCUGGUCCCAACAGCCACGUGCCCCUCGCCUUGUCCCGUCGCAGCGCAUGGGCCUGGUACCAGCGAGGCUUCCCCUCGGCCCGUGGAAGGCGGACACCGCCGGGGGAGUUACCGGUGGCUGUGGGCGGGUGGGGGCCGAAUUCCCUGGCCGUGGGCGGGAUCUCUCUGCUUGUAGCAGGUGCCUGGGAUAGUUUCAGCCUCACGGAUCCAUCCCCGGAGCCCUUCUAUUAAAUCCCGUUGGCAGAUCA